AUGGUACCCAACUCUGGUGAAGAUCAUCAAAUCGAAACCAAUACAGAUUCCGAGUUGGGCAAUCCUUCCAGAUCAAUGGUCACACAUACAUCCAAUUCGCAACCCCAAAUGGAAAGUUUAUGUAGCACUUGUCUCAGGGAAUCUCUCCAGGAACAGGGAUACUCAGAACAAGUAUUUAAACUGGCUUCAAAAGCCCUUGAUUCUAUAGCAUCAUCUACUGUAUCAUUCAAUAUUCGUAUAUGGCAAAAUUGGUGUAAAGAGAAAAGUUUAAACCCAAUAAGCUGUGAAAUAAAUGAAAUUACAAGUUUUUACAUUACUAAUUAUCAAUCAAAUAAUGAAAGGAAUUUGGGCUUUGAAUCACCCUUUACCACCUUUAGACAACGUAUCAAAUAUAGUUCUUCAUUAGACACUACUAUUAAAUGGGGAAAUAAUGAAAAUUUGCCUCUACUUCAACUUAACAAAAAAACUGCCUUUCUAUUAGCAAUCACUACAGGAUCUCAUCUCUCAGAUCUCUGCAGAUUAGACAUGACAUCAAUCUCCCGCUCCAGAGGAGGCAUUAACAUUAAAUGCAUUAUGCUUAAAGAAGCCAAGAUAUCAACAGCAAAAGGAAGGAG